UUUGCUUGAUUAUCAUGUCCUCGCAGUUCUAGCGCGCAAUAACAACCAGCAUUUCGCCCAGUUUCCGUGUUCCUUAUCCAGCCCGCAGAGAGGUAAACUGUAGCCGCCGCACACGUCCUACAAGAGGCUGUGUCACUUUUUUUAAGCAAACAACUAUCAACCGUUCAACGCAUCGCAAUAAUGUCGUGCCUACUGGCCGCCAGAACGAUUGCAUCUCGCCUCAGUACGAACCGCCGGUACGGCACGGCGGCACUAGCAGCGGCAGCGGUGCGCAAUGAUCCCAAGCGCGAGAAAUUCGUCAUCGCUCUGGGGGAGAGUGACGAGGCGUACCUGAAAUAUUCGGAAAACCGCACCAGCAACACCAUCAGCCUGGAGCACACCUUUGUGCCCGAUGCCGGCAAAGGCAAAGGGUUGGGCAAACAGCUCGCCGAGGCGGCCUUCCAAUAUGCGAUCGAAAAACAGCUGAAGGUGAAGCUGGAGUGUGACUUUACGGUGAAGUAUUUCAAAGACAACGAGUCAAAGUACAAAGCUUACGUAACGGAAUGAGCACCAGGAAUUGCACAUUCAUGCAAACGCACGGCAAGCGCGAAUAAAGCGAAGAAAUGAUUUACAUCGGUCAUUUAUGUUAAACACAGAUGAAAGAUAGGGCGUCUCGCUGCAGGAUCGCAUCGCUGGAUGUUCCACAAACUUGUUGCUAGAAUACACGCAUCAAUCAGUCCUUGUCAGCCCGAAACUUCAUCUCUAUCCCGGCAGGUAAAAUAUACCUAAUUUUAAGACCAUUUUUACCAAUACUUUCGAUGUGUGCUGGGUCUACGGAAUGGCUAAGUUUUGGGCGUAAAUUAUCUUGUGUAAAUGUAGCGUAGUUGUUGUAGACAUAAUGUAAGCAAUCGUUUUUUCAAAUAAAUGUGGCUUCUCAACAGA